AUGAAAAGGCAGAAGAAAAAAUUCGUACCAAAUAGAAGUAGUACUCCUACUCAUGACUUGCCUGAAGUGUUCAGGAAGAAGAUUGAAACUUUGGGAGGGACUAAGGUGAACUUGGUGAUUGAGAAGACAUUGUACAAGUCUGACUUAGUACAGGGCGAAAACCGGUUGUCAAUGCCUUUCAAACAAAUCCGCUCGAAAUUCUUGGAAGAUGAUGAAGUUAGAAGGCUUGCGAACUAUGAAACCUUGACGGUCCCAUUGAUAGACACCAUGCUACAAGAAAGAGAGAUAUGCUUGAGUCGGUGGAGCUUGCACACAAGCAAAUGGUAUGUGCUGAAAACUCAAUGGUACAAGAAAAUUGUUUUGAACAACGGACUUAGAAAAGGUGACUUGAUCCAAGUUUGGUCAUUCCGAGAUAAGGUGAACAACCUUCACUUGGCACUUGUUUUGGUUGAGAGAAAAGGCGAGGAUAUAUGA